CAUACGCUGCCCCCCCCCAGCAACAUCUCCCGGACCGACCGGAUGAAUUGGGACUCGAGGAGGAGACGGAGAUGUGAAACGGUGACCAAGGCCGAGAACCCGGGAGGGGACGAACUGGGUGCCAGGACGAGGACGGCUUAUCUGUCCGCGCGACGCAAGGAGAGGAUCGAGCUCCCCGACUACGGGGGCCCCAUCACGUUCAGCGAUUUCGUCAACCACCCUUCCGGCGUGGAAGCGCUCCUGAACACGCGAGCCUUGCACAGCUUUCGGCCCUUGGAUUCCAACACCUACAGGUGCACCUUGCAAAAGAUCCAGUUCCUCAAGUUUGAAGUGGCCCCCGUGCUAGACUUACGCGUGACCCCGACAAGAGAAGGCUGCACGGUCGAGAUGGUGGAUUGCAGGUUUGAGGGUUCUGAAACAGUAGAGCAGCAAAAUCAUGCUUUUUCAGGUACAUCCAGCCAUUGUCAUACUGUGAUUUCUCAGCCAAAUAUUUAUAUGGGAAAGGAGAUGGUAUUAUCACGAUCAAAAUUUUCCUUAACUUUGAUGUUCAUGUUUCACUUACCUUUCCAACUUACUGCUGCUGACUAAUUUGAAGUUUGCUCU